ACCGCCCAUUCCCUGUGUUAUUUUACCCUUUUGUCCUCACUGGCUUCCAGGAAAGGACGCUCUCCUUGACCUUUUAGACUUCAGUCCCUAGAUCCAGCGUUCUCUUCCCAAUUCAUUAAUCCGAGCCGUUUCUCCUUCUCCUUCACUUUCGCUCCGUUUCCUGAUUUUCCCAUCUCAGUCCCGGUUGUUUACUUGUUUGGAUUAUCUUUGUGACGAUUCAAUCAAUUUGCCCUGUUGCCGGCGGUGGUUUAAGAUAAACCAUGUAAGGGAAGGGGAUGCGGAGUAGGGAUCGGGGGAAGAUGGGAGGGAUGUGGUUGGCGCCGUCGGGAAGAACAAAGGUUCCAAGGAGGGUGUGGUUAAUCGUUCAAAAAUCAAUGGGUCUCCUCGUGGGUGGAAAUCACACCUCCUCCAGGUUUUGCACUCGCUAAAUCCUGCGCCUUCUUUUCCACUUUCUGAGUUGAAUUUGUCUCCUUCUGCUCUCUUUUCUGUUGAACAUCAAUCAAUCGUUAAGCAAAGCUUUGAACUUUUGGCGACCCAAAUCGCCGUUCGUUGACCAAGAAAAGAAAAAAGUAGCGAUGAACUUGAAGGGUCUGAGAUCCCAGGCCGUUACCGAGUCUGUGGCUGAGCGCCUCUUUAUGCGCUGUUUCGCGCUGGCAUUGGUCCUUUCGGCGAUACCCAUUUUGCAGUACUGGUCUGGAUCCGGUUCUAUCUUCUUGGAACCCAUUUGGGGUUCGCUUGACUGCGAGGAAAGCGUCAAUUUGACCGCCACGGUCGUCAGGGAGCUUACGAGCAAGCAACUGUUGGAUCGUAAAGCAAGAGCUCUCUGUGUCGGGGAAGGAUCGGCCGCUGCCGUGUAUACAUUGCACGAAUUGGGAUUCACCAACACUUCUGGUGGUGCAGAUAGGCACCCAUUCUUCUUGCCUAGGCAGAAGAAGUUCAUGUAUGAGCUUGAAUUUGGUGAUAAUUCCUUUGACUUCGUGUUCUCAGGGGAUCUGGACAAGGUUCCUGUCCCUGCUAGCCUUGUCCUAGAGAUUGAGCGGGUUCUUAAACCCGGUGGAGUUGCUGCUGCUCUUAUCGGUGGCUCGUCGAAUGGUUUGGUCCAUUACAACUUGGUCCGAUCGGCAAUGCCCAUUUCCUCACUGCUGAAAACCUCCAGCGUUGCUCAUGUCGGUUACCUCAGUGGCGGCUAUACCCUGGUUGUCUUCAAGAAGAGAUUCUAUCCCGCCGAUUACUUCGAGCAUGUCAGCCUGCCGUCAGAAUGUCAUUCCGUUGUCAACAACGGCCAGUUCAUGGAGUUGCUCGAAUCCGUUUCGGAGACCAAACCAGUUGGAUUCGAGGAAAAGAUUGCGUAUUUGCCAAAGCUCGUGGAUGUCUCGGCAAGGACUCGUAUGGUGUAUGUCGAUAUUGGAGUCGGGGAGCAUCUGAAAUUGAACUCUAAUGUUGCAACUUGGUACUUGCCAGCUUAUCCGGUUGAUCACAAGUCAUUCAAUGUCUAUCUUGUCGAUCACAACACCUCGGUUCUGCAUUCGUUCGUGAAGAGGCCUGGUGUUACUUUCGUUUACCAUCCAGGCCUAGCUGGAGACAAGGUGGAGGACCAAGUCCUCGGCAUUGAGGACUUGGAUCCAUUCAUUGAGGAUCAAGGCUUUGAUUUCGUUGCGUGGUUCGAGGAAACUGUUAAGUACGCUGAUUUCGUGGUGAUGAGGCUGAAUGCAGGCGGUGAGGUCGAGCUGAAGUUCCUCGUUGAGCUGUUCAGGAGUGGAGCGAUAUGUGCUGUUGACGAGCUGUUCUUGAACUGUUCUGGAAAAGGUUUGGGGAAUGGGGAAUGUGGGAGCCUCGUCGGGAGUCUUCGAGCAAGUGGUGUGUUCGUCCAUCAGUGGUGGUGAGAGCAUAUAUCUGCCAUGGCUGAUUGAUUGAUGGACGAUGAAGAUUGUAAGCCUUUUGUCAUUGUUGUGUUGUGUACCGUACCAAAAAGGAUGCUAUUAAGUCGUCCAUGUUGUUGUUGUCGCCUUUUAUGGUUGAGGCAGUUCUAAAUAAGCAACCAUUCCGUGUGUCGUUCCAGUUCCACCGAGUGGAAAGUGUUUGUUGUGUUUGGAUUACACCAUUUCAGAGUAGUUGAACGAUCAGGUGUGUUUUCGUUCGGUGUAUUAAUAAAUUGUUGUCUACAUUUGUGUCAUAAGUCAUGAGAUUAUUUUAUGAUAUAUCUGCAAAAUUAUUAUUUAAAGGAUUUGUAACAUGUAAAUGUAAGAUAGGUAUGGUAAUGGGGUGGGUUUGGGCAGCUUUACUUAAACCAUUCUCAUUCUCUGAAUAUUCAAACUCAUAUUUGUCUAAUACCAUGCUUGAGAAGGUUUUGCAUGCCCAAAUUUAUACUCGCGAAUUUUGGGUACUCCUGAGUAAUGGUUUUGCAUGCCCAAAUUUAUAUUCUCUAAUUUUGGGUACUCCUAAGUAAUACCAGCGCGUACAUACGAUUAUUUUUAACUAUAAUACUAAACAAGCUAAUAAAUUAAGAAAUAAGCAAAGACACGAUAAUUUUAAUAUGUAUUUAACGCAUUCAUUGCUAAAACAUCCAUAAUCCAUAAGAAAAAUUAUAAUAUUAUUCAAAUUAUUUAUCUACCAUUAGACACAUUUAUCAAACAAUAAAUAAUUUGCUCAAUCUUGUUAAAAGGGGAUAAAUAAGAAAAUGUGUGAAGGGAGAAUUGGAGGGAAAGAGACAAAGGUUUGAUUUAGGUGUCACUCAAUACAUUUUAGCUCUUUAUUUUUAUGAAUUGCUCUUCUUAUCAUUGAUAGAUUACAAUUUGUCUCUCCAUUUUUUAUAUAUUAAGAAAUAAUCUUGAUAAGGUGGGUACAUAUGUGUAUGGGGUGGAGGAUGCUAAAACCAUACCCACCUCAUCCUUAUAAAAAAUUUUUUUACAUAUACCCGUUUCAUACGCAAUCAAUGCUGGAAUUUCCCGCGUUGAUUAGGUCGAGAGCGGUCGGGUACUCACAGUUGCAGAGUUUGAUUGCUAUCCCUAUGAGAUCUGUUUUAAAUAAUAUAUUCUUAAAUACUACUUACCUGAAUAAUCUAAAUAUUUAAAACUGAGAUUAUAUAAUGCAUACCAUUGCACAUUAAUCCGAUAUCUAUGAUUGAGAUUGAAGCAUAGUUUUGGCCAUGAACUAUAUCUCAUUCAUUUCAACUUUUUCACAGAAAAAUCAUAUUAUAUAUUCCAAAAAAUUAUAUUCACUUUAAUAUCUUUUAAAAUAAAUUAAUUAAAUGUCAAUCUGACUCGCACGAAACUACACCACAAAUUAAUCCCGACUAGGGCCCAAGUUUUUAAACUCUAGCCGGGUGCAGUAUAGAGCAAGUAUUUAAAUAUCGACUCGGGCUGGUCCAUGUACCCCUACUUCAAUCGCUUAAGUUGUUAUCUAGCAAAACGGUUUUGGGUUUUAAAACUAAGAAAACUACAAACUAAACUAGCAAGAGAAAGUAAAUAAAGGAAAAUUCUAACUAAGGGAGCUUCACCCAGGAGUUGCUUCCCCCUAACUAGCUACCGUGACUCGCUGGAUUGAAACGAUUGUUAUGGGCAAGGUAACCGCGAACCGUAGAGGGAUGCAAAUAUGGUCGUAGACCACAAUCUCAAUUGCUAGACCGAGGUAAACAUUAUAGGCGGUAUCACUCGUCCCUCUCGGUUUAGGCAAUCAGUGGUUGACUUACUCCCUCACUCAACUCAAGGGUUGGACGCCUUAAUCGU